UUCGCCUCUUCGAUAAUUCCCACCCUCUCUCCCUCUCACACAACUAUAGCCCCCUCUUCUUCGCAUGUUCUCGGAGCUCCGGCUCCCGUAACGGAGCCCCAGCUCGAAAUAAAACCAAAAAAGUAAAAACUAAUUCUCAUUUUUAGAGAUCUCGUUAUUUUUCGGUUCUCUGCCUUUUCUUUCUUCGUCAGAUCUUGGUGGUUAAGAAAUGUCGACAAACCCAUGGGGUGGUGGUAUCGGAGCGUGGGCCGCCGAGGCCGAGCGCGCCGAGGCCGAGGAGCUCGAGGCGGCUGCUGCUGAGGCCGCCGCUAAAGCCGAGUCGUCGUCGCAGAGUUUCCCGAGUCUCAAGGAAUCCGUGAGCGCCAAGCCCAAGAAGAAGAAGAUGACGCUCUCGGAGUUCACCAUGGGCACCUACUCCGCCGACAGGACCUUGACCCGUGACGAGAUGCUCCGCCUCCCGACAGGCCCCAAGGAGCGCUCCGCCGAAGAAAUGCAGUCCGGCCGCCUAGGAGGCGGGUUCCCGUCCUACGGGCGUUCCGGGUCGUCUGCGGGUCGGGGCAGGGACCGCGAAGACGGAGACGGGUCCUGGGGCGGUGGGGCCCGGAGGUCCUACGGUGGGUUCGAUGAGGAGCGUAGGGGUCAACAGCCUUCGGCUAGGGUUUCGGAUUUCGAUCAGCCUUCGCGGGCGGACGAGGUUGAUAACUGGGCAUUGACGAAGAAACCUCUUCCAUCGCUCGAUUCGGGUCGGCAGAACCGGUACGGGUCGCUCGGAGGCGGGUCUAGGGCUGACGAGGUUGACAAUUGGACGGCUGGGAAAAAGCCUCUUCCCUCUACUAGAUCUUCCACAUUCGGUUCGGGUUUUCGCGAAUCGGGUCAGGAGCCCGAUCGCUGGAGUAGAGGAGGAGGAGGAGGGUUUCGUGAUAGCGAGCGGGAACGGCCCAGAUUGGUGUUGGAUCCUCCGACAGGCGAUUCGGGCGUGAACGAACCAGCGGUGAAGACGAAUAAGCCCAAUCCGUUUGGGGCGGCGCGGCCAAGGGAGGACAUUCUGGCCGAGAAGGGUUUGGAUUAUAAGAAGUUGGAAUUGGAGUAUGAUGCCAAGAAAGCUAGUGUGGGGACGCCGACGAGCGCACACUCGAGUAGGCCGUCCAGCGCGCAGUCGAGCCGGUCCGAGGGUCAGGGCCUGCAGCAGGGGAUUGAGAAUGUAGUGAAGCCGAGGCCGAAGGUGAACCCUUUUGGGGAUGCAAAGCCGAGGGAGAUUUUACUUGAGGAGCGAGGCCAGGAUUGGCGAAAGAUUGAUCUUGAAUUGGAGCAUCGCCGCGUAGACAGGCCUGAAACAGAGGAGGAAAAGAAAUUGAAAGAAGAAAUAGAUCGUUUAAAGGAACUUGAGAGAAAAUCUACCAUAAAUACAAACAGUGGAUCUCCACAGGAGUCUGGUGGAGAGCAAUCAAGUUUAUCUGAUGUGAUAGUUCUCAAAGAAAGGGAAUUGGAAGCACUGAUUCGUGAUUUGGAUGACAAAAUUCGCUUUGGGCAGAAAGCUGUUGAAAGGCCUGGUUCCAGGCCUGGUUCUGGAGCAGGCAGGGUAUCUGGCUUUCCUGACAGGCCACCUUCUCAGUCUGGGUCAAUUGAGGAAUCUAGAAGUAUGGAGUUCAUGGAUAGGCCUCGAUCGCAUGGUGCAGGGGAUGUGUGGUCAAGGCCUGCUGAUGACAGAAGAUCAUUUGGAGCUGGCAGGGACAGAGGCUUUCUAGGCAACAGAGACUUGGACAGGCCAAGGUCGAGGGAGAGAUGGUGAACAGCAGUUUGUGUGGAUUCAUUGAAUUAUCUUCUACUUUUGACAAACGGGACCAAAUAAUAUUUUGUCUCACUUUUAAUUGGUUUUCUUCAGUUUGCUCUGGAAAUUUGAGCGAAAAUUAUUGAGUACUGCCACUGGGAACUCAUGCUUUAAUCUAUUACAUUUUGAAACUAUGUAAAAUUGCUUUUGUUUUUUUUUUUUUUUUUUUCCCCUGUUUUAAACUAACGAGCCUGUAUUGUUCCUUGGACUCAAUUUUUAUUGAACACUAUGGGACUCACUAGUUUACUUCUGUGACAGUCUUUCCGAGUGAUAUACAGUUAAUUGGUUUUAUUGUGCAUGAA